CACAGGAUGUUCAUUUAUUAAAACUAAUAGAUAGAAAUUUUGAACGACACACUAAGAAAAUGUGAUCCCAAUUUAGUGUCUACUGGUAAACUCAUAGCUGUGUUUUUCUUUAUUCAGUUUGAGUCAUUUACUCAUUCUAUGUGUCUAUGACAGUAUGACUAGUCUGUGUCUACGGUUGUAUGCCGCCUAUAACUUGCCAUGUUUUUAUUUUUGAAAAUUCAAAUAUUUUUCAUACAGUAUAUUUUUUAACCAGGUGUGCCACUAUUUUUUCAUGUGUUCCAAGGUGUGCCAUUGGUAAAAAAGGGUUGAGAACUACUGGUAUGUCUUUGAACCGCAAAAUUAGAACAGAGUGUGGUAUGAACAGGAACGAUCAUAGGACAGUGUCUGAUCAUUGCUAAAGGAACUAACUACUCUCUUAACGAUACUACAGAAAGAAUCAGAUCAACCUUAGUAAGAAAGAGUAAUUUAAGAUGGAUGAACUACAGAAGUUAGAAUAUCUGUCUUUGGUUUCGAAAGUUUGUACCGAAUUAGAAAAUCAUUUAGGAAUAAAUGACAAAGAUUUAGCUGAAUAUGUGAUUGAUUUAGCUGAAAAAAACAACACAUUUGAUUCAUUUAAGAAAGUUUUAGAUGAACGAGAGGCUGAAUUCUCAGAUUCCUUAAUUGCUAAUCUCUUAAGACUUAUUAAUAAAAUGAAACCUAAAAGAAAAAUACAAGAAGAAGACGAAAAGGGAUUUGAAGAAAAGGAAAAGGAAAUAGAAUCCGAAGAAAAAAUACUAAGAAAGAAAAUGUUUCCUGGCUUAGCUAUGCCAAAUAAUCCAGAAGUUAGGGAUAUGUUGGCUGAUGAAUUAAAGCAAGAAAAAGAUGAAGGUGAAAGUAAAGAUAAGGAUGCUAAAGUAGCAGCUGAUAUGUUAGGGGAAUUAGAGGCACUUAUGUCAUCAGCUAAAUCUUCUAGUCAUAAAUCUUCACAUAAAGAUAAAAAGCGUGACAGAAGUAGAAGUAGAGACAGAGACAGAAAAAAGAAAAAGCAUCGGUCUAGAAGCAGAUCUCGGGAGCGCAGACGAAGUAGAAGUAGGUCACGUGAUAGACAUAGAUCUCGAAGUGAUUCCAGGGAAAGGCGUAAGAACAGAAACAGAUCACGAAGUAGGAGUAAAGAUAGAAAACAUCGAGAUAGAGGAAAGGACAGAAAACGAGAGAAAUAUAAUGAUAUUCCUAUGGACCCUGUGGUUGGCCAGAUAUAUAAUGGUAAAGUGAUGACUAUCAUGCAGUUUGGAUGUUUCGUUUUAUUGGAAGGGUUGAGAAAGAAGCAUGAAGGUUUAGUUCAUAUUUCACAGUUGCGACGAGAGGGAAGAGUGACAAAUGUCAGCGAGGUCGUGACAAGAGGUCAAAAGGUCAAAGUUAAAGUGAAUUCAUUUACUGGAAAUAAAACCAGUCUAUCAAUGAAGGAUGUUGAUCAAGAAACUGGAGAAGAUUUGAAUCCAGAAAGAACAAAGGGUGGUGGGGGAGCAGACGGAAGGGGAGAUGACAUGGCACGUAAUCCAGAUCGCCCUUCCAUGUUACCUCUAGUUGAUGCUCCUGAACAGGAUAAUCUGAAUUCUGGUCAGAAGAAAUUCAAACGUAUCUCAUCACCUGAACGAUGGGAAUUAAAACAGAUGUUAGCAGCCAACUGUAUAGAUAAAUCAGAGUUACCCGACUUUGAUGAAGAAAUGGGAUUAUUACCUCGAGAAGAUGAUUCAGAUGAAGAUAUUGAAGUAGAAAUCAAUGAAGAAGAGGCUCCAUUUUUAUCUGGGGCUGGUCGUCAGCUUGUUGAUCUCAGUCCUGUUAAAAUAGUCAAGAAUCCUGAUGGGUCAUUAGCUCAGUCAGCUAUGAUGCAAAGUGCUCUUCAGAAGGAGAGAAGAGAAAUGAAACAAGCUCAAAGAGAAGCUGAAAUGGACACAGUACCUGCAGGACUCAACAAUCACUGGAUUGAUCCCAUGCCAGAAACUGAUUCCAGACAACUAGCAGCUAAUAUGAGAGGUGUUGGUAUGGCACCACAAGAAGUACCAGACUGGAAGAAACAUAUAACAGGGGGACCUAAAGCUUCUUAUGGUAAAAAGGAGAAGAAAUCAAUUAUAGAACAGAGACAGUCGUUGCCUAUUUAUAAACUUAAAGAUGAACUUAUUAAGGCUGUUAAUGAUAAUCAGAUAUUGAUUGUAAUUGGUGAAACUGGUUCUGGUAAAACAACACAAAUAACACAGUUUUUAGCUGAAGCUGGUUAUACAACACGAGGAAAGAUUGGUUGUACACAACCUAGAAGAGUGGCAGCCAUGUCAGUAGCUAAAAGAGUAGCAGAAGAAUUUGGUUGUCGAUUAGGACAGGAAGUUGGUUAUACUAUACGUUUUGAAGAUUGUACUGGACCAGAAACUAAGAUCAAAUACAUGACAGAUGGUAUGUUAUUAAGAGAAUGUUUAAUAGAUGGAGAUUUAAUGUCAUAUUCUAUUAUUAUGUUGGAUGAAGCUCACGAGAGAACAAUACAUACAGAUGUUCUCUUUGGUUUACUUAAAGCUGCUGUGAAGAAAAGACCAGAUCUAAAAUUAAUUGUAACAUCAGCUACACUAGAUGCUGUUAAAUUCUCACAAUAUUUCUUUGAGGCUCCUAUAUUUACAAUACCUGGUCGUACAUAUCCUGUAGAGGUUUUAUAUACAAAGGAAUCAGAAACAGACUAUUUAGAUGCUUCACUUAUUACUGUUAUGCAAAUACAUUUAACAGAACCACCAGGUGAUAUUUUACUAUUUUUAACUGGUCAAGAAGAGAUUGACUCGGCAUGUGAGAUAUUGUACGAGAGAAUGAAAGCGCUGGGAGCAGAAGUACCAGAAUUAAUUAUUUUACCUGUUUACAGUGCUUUACCUAGUGACAUGCAGACACGUAUCUUUGAUCCUGCACCUCCUGGAUCUAGAAAGGUUGUUAUAGCUACUAAUAUAGCUGAAACAUCGCUAACUAUAGAUGGUAUAUACUAUGUAGUAGAUCCAGGGUUUGUUAAACAGAAAGUUUAUAAUUCUAAAACAGGAAUGGAUCAGUUGAUUGUUACACCUAUAUCACAGGCACAAGCUAAACAGAGAGCUGGUCGUGCUGGUAGAACAGGACCUGGUAAAACAUAUCGUCUUUAUACAGAGAGAGCUUAUCGUGAUGAGAUGUUGGCUACUAACGUACCUGAGAUACAGAGAACUAAUUUAGCUAGUACUGUGUUGUCACUUAAAGCUAUGGGUAUCAAUGAUCUUCUCAUGUUCGAUUUUAUGGACGCCCCACCGAUGCAGACAUUAAUAUCAGCUAUGGAACAACUUCAUGCUUUGAGUGCACUGGAUGACGAAGGCUUAUUGACAAGACUUGGUCGUAGGAUGGCAGAGUUUCCAUUAGAACCUAUGUUAUCUAAGAUGUUGAUUAUGUCCGUACAUCUGGGCUGUAGUGAUGAAAUUCUAACCAUAGUUUCUAUGUUAUCUGUUCAAAAUGUCUUUUACAGACCAAAGGAGAAACAAGCUACUGCAGAUCAGAAAAAAGCAAAAUUUCACCAGAUGGAAGGAGAUCAUUUAACUCUACUUUCAGUUUAUAACUCUUGGAAGAAUAACCGAUUCUCUAGUCCAUGGUGUUAUGAAAACUUUGUUCAGAUUCGAACAUUAAAACGAGCACAAGAUGUACGUAAGCAGAUGUUGGGUAUUAUGGACAGACAUAAGUUAGAUGUAGUAACAUGUGGUAAACAUACAGCAAGAGUACAGAAAGCUAUUUGUAGUGGUUUCUUCCGUAAUGCUGCCAAAAAAGAUCCACAAGAAGGAUAUCGUACAAUAGUUGAUAGUCAAGUUGUUUAUAUACAUCCAUCUAGUGCAUUAUUUAACAGACAACCAGAUUGGGUUGUGUAUCAUGAGUUGGUUUUAACAACUAAAGAAUAUAUGAGAGAGGUCACAGCUAUUGAUCCAAAAUGGCUGGUAGAAUUUGCACCAAAGUUUUUCCGUUUCUCCGACCCAACCAGACUUAGUAAACAGAAGAAACAACAGAAGAUUGAACCUCUACAUAAUAAAUAUGAAGAACCCAACCAAUGGCGUAUUUCUCGAGCUUUCCGAAAAUUUCACACAAAAGUUACAUUUUAAUAAGUAUAUGUGUAUAUUUGGACAUUUUGAUGUUGUGUCUAUGUGGUUACAACUUGUUAUUUUUCUUUUUUAUGAGAGUGGAUAUUAUUGUUUUUUAAGACAAGUUUCAACUCAGGAUUAAAGACAUACUAUUUCUAUAUCAGAAUUAAUGGUAGUUUUAGUUGUACAGAAUUCUUGUUGUGUAUGUGUGAAUUUGAAUAUAUAAAUUACUGAUUAAAGACAGAAAUUGGGUGUGUAUCUAGUUAUAUAUAUAUUCUUGUUAUUAUUAAAUUUUAACCUAAUUAAUGAUGCUGAUCAUCAUUUGAGUAAGUUCCUUGCAAUCUAAAAUAUCAUGAAAGUUGAAUUUCUUUCUGUCCAAAAAUGGUUGAAUUCUGUUCAGUAUUUACAAAACAAGAUAAAUUGAAACUUCGCAAUAUUUUUUUAUCCUCUACAGAUGAUAUAAACUAACCAGCACCACCUCUAAUGAUUGGGUAAAUCAUUUGAUGGGCUUCUUUUUAAUCCAAGUGAGGAGAUUAUCUACCUGAUUUCAUUAAUGUUAAAUAAACAAUUUGAGAACAUUUUAAUAUUGUUUGAAAAAUAUAGAUGAUGAUCAACUGUUUUAAUUUGAAUUUAUAAACCUCUGAAAUGUAAUCUUGAUCCUCUAAAAUCAGGUUUUAUGUUUUAAAUAUAAUGUUAAUAUAAUUACACCCAUGACAUCUCAAAGGCAGAAAUUUAAGAUGGCAGGACCACUUUGAUUUUGGUACAUUGUAAAAUUUGAUUUUAUGCUUGUUUUGUAGGAUAUCAAUCUGUCUUACUCCAAAGUUAUAUGUCUAUACUAUAGAUAAGCCAGUGUUGAAUUAUAAUUGAUGUGUAUUCCUACUUAAGACACAGUGAGACACAAAUAAAACUACAAUUAGCUAACAUUCCCAAUUUUGCUUUAUCUUUCGAAAAAAAAAGUUAACAGUAGAGACCUUGCAUUUGUCCAAUCACUGAUUAAAAUAUUAUCAUAUCAACCAAAUUUAAUACUCUUCUUAACAUAGUAAUCGCUUGUGUCUAAUCGUAUUCUUACACCUUGCAUGACAAAUUUUGUCCAAGACAUCACAGUUUUAAUGAACAAUGGCUUGGUCUUAUUAUAUCCCAAAGCAACUCAGUGUAUACUUUGGUUUACAAUAUAUUGUGUGACUGUAGUUCCUUCUCAAUAAACUAAUUAACCUGGGGCUCUCAUUUUAGUCAUACAUGUAUUUGAAAACACUUAAAAAAUAUGUAUUAAAAAUUAGCAUAUUGUUUAGAAAAAAUAUCUUGCUAAAUGGUUGAACAAGAAAUGUUAAAAUUUGGCUGGCUGGCUGGCUACAUUUUGAAAUGAAAGACCUAUGAUUAAUUAUAAACUAAAAACCAUAGUAAAUGAUCUUUCCACUGCCAAUGUUAAGAAAAUUCAUAAUGUCUUGUUAUUGUUACAUGUAAAUAUUUACAAGAUGAUUGUUCUUUGAUUUGAUAGCGCUUAUUUUCUUGUUUAAAAAGAAAGGAAAAAUUCUUAUAUCAUUUUUUGUAAUGCUUAUGUACAUUAUAUGAGACAAUUAUGUUUAUAUGUAAAUAUGUAAAAUAAAAGUAAUUUUGUUUUAUUAAAAUAUUCUCUCACCACAA